AUGAAGUUCACACAGGCUUUGUUGCUCGCCCUACCGGCUCUCUCAGCCGCCUACCCUGGCAUGUCCAAUGCCGAUGUGGAGGAGUACACUCGCAAGCGAACAGUCGACGAAGCUUCCCUGCAGGAGAGGCAGCUCCUUACCGGUUUGAUUGGCACAGUCCAGGCAUUGACCAACACCGUGAGCGGGCUUUUGGGUGCUGUCGCCAACAACAUCUCCCCCGACAACAAGCGACCGGAACCAGGUUAUGGUUUCAAGGCACCCGGCGCUGGCGAUUCUCGCGGACCAUGCCCCGGCCUCAACCUUCUGGCUAACCACGGCUACCUUCCGCGGAAUGGACAUGUUACUUUCCAACAAGUCCUUGAGGCGACCUCACGGGGCUUCAACAUGGGGGCUGAUCUAGCCACUGUCCUUGCAACCUUUGCCGUCCUUGCUGAUGGCGAUACCGCCACCGAGAGCUUCUAUCUUGGCUCUCUCACCGGUGCUGAUGGUCUCAACCGUCACUCCACUGUCGAGGCGGAUGUUUCUCCCAAUCGCGAAGACUACUACAAUGGCUGCGGCGAUAACCACCACCUUUCCUCCCGCAUGUUCAAGCAGAACGUUGGAUUCGCUGCCGCCGAUUCCAGCAAGCAGUUCACAAUGGACGUCAUGACUAAGCAGUACGCUGCCAACGCCCAGUUCUCCAAGGACAACAACCCAUACCUUUACUACUUUCCCUUCCCCCAAAUUGUUUCCCUGGGUGCCUUUGCCUUCUACCCCAACUUCUUCUCCAACGGUACCUACGGAGCAGGCGGUGUUGCCAACUACGAAUCCAUCUCGUCCAUCGUUGGCGCCGAAUACGACUCAAAGGCUGGUAACUUCAAGUACGUUCCUGAGAAGUGGCCCGAGAACUGGUACCGCCGCGCAACUCCCUACGGCGUCGUCCAGGCCCUCACCGACGCUUUCCUCAGGAUCUACCCUGCCAACAUAAUUGUACCUGCAGUUGCUCAGGUGGGCACUGAUAAUCUGAGCGUACAAACGCUCCUCUGCGACGUGUACCAAGGUAUCAAUUCCGUUACGCCCCUCAUCGCGGCCGGAAGUCUCGAGGAUACAUCCAAGCUCGUCACUUGGGCGACCAACAAGCUGCUCCCUGUUCUUGGCAAGAACACCGCCCUGGGAUGCCCAGAUAGCACCCUGUCUCCCAAUGCUCAGGACAUUUUAUUCCCUAACGCCGCCAAGGUCGGUGGGCCGGAGAAGUCGCCGCCGAAGUCGGAUGCGAAGACUGGCAACAACGUGUACAACAAGGUGUACUUUGAAAGCGCACCUGUGAAGCCGGCUUGCUAG